UCCCUUUUCCCCUCCUUCCCUCCCUCCGGUUCACUCCCCGAACAAAAAAAAAACCCGGUUUUCUCUCUCUUUGAGCUAGCUUUCCUUCUCUUGAUCAUGUUUGCGACCGAGUUGUUCGAUAUCCCGGUUCGGACCAACGAGCCGGGGUUCACGGCCCACGAGCUACAUGAGCUCUUGUCCUUCCUCGAUUCUACUGAUCAAUAUGACCACCAAGCCGCCACGACGACAACAACAACGACGGGUAGCCCGAACUCGAACUCCGGUUCGGAAGGGUCGGACCGGUCCGUUUACAACGUGGACGAGAGGAAGCGGAGGCGGAUGGUGUCGAACCGGGAGUCCGCCCGACGGUCCAGGUGGAGGAAGAAGAGGCAUUUGGAGAAACUGACGGAACAGGCGAACCGGUUGAACCUGGAGAACCAGGAGCUGAAGUACGCGUUGGGUUCGACCCUGAGCCAGUGCAACGUGGUCUGGAAGGCGAACCAGCGACUGAGAUCCGAGUCGAUUGUCCUACGUGGCAGGCUCACCGGUUUGUGCCGGACGUUAGCCGCCAUGCACGGCCAUGCAGUGAAUUAUAACGGAGCCCCAAAUUACUCGGACCGUUAGUAAUUAUGAACACGGUCCCCGUUAUAAAAAAAAGCAACAUUU